GGGCGAUCCUGGGCCGGUCGGAGACACAGGAGUGUGUCCACUACAACUACAACCCUGCUGCCAUCCAGGAUAACCGAGGGGAACCGCAGUGGCAUCGAGACGUGUGCCGGGGAGAAGGACAAGCGGAGACACUGUUUUGCCACCUGGAGGAACGUGUCGGGAAUCGUAGAGAUUGUAAAGCAGGGCUGUUGGCUGGAUGAUCACAACUGCUACGACAGGUAGGGCCUAUUGCAUCAGGGCUCUGUGGUGGUGGGUUGUAUAACAUUUGUGAUCUGUUACAACACACCAAUGACACGGUGGAAUGAUUAAGUGUGUCAUUGGUGUGUUGCAAUGGAUCACAAAUGUUAUCAGUAUAUCAGUGAAACUAUUCUUAUAGGCCUAUAUAGGAUCUCCAUUCUGUGUGAGGACUUGGUCGUUCCAUGAAUAUGAUGUGAAAGAUGUCCAAUGGGGAGUAAGAAGAAUCUUCAUGAACCUGAUUCCAUGCCAACUGUUUUAAAAUGGCAGCAUCAGCCGUCUCAACUUGUUCUGACAGCUGCACUACUGCGAUAAGCAAUUGAGCUUCUUCUCAACUGAUUUUAAGACCUGCAAUGGUUUUUUAAAACAAGCUAGGCCUAGAUGUUUGCAUAUUGCAAAUAUUGCCCUCUGAUCCAGAACAAACCGAGAUAGAGAUGAAUUGUAUUUAAGUGUAGCACUUUAGCCUCUCUUCAGUGGUGUAAACAUGCUGUGAUGUUAUCGGCUCAGCUAUCCAUCCUACAUGUCAGCUAGCCUAGCUUUACCAGAAGCAUUUUAUUUUAUAGCAUGAGAGAGCCCAGUCCCAGAAAGGCUGAGUUACCUGGCGGCUCUUUCCUUACAUUGCCGUUGAACCAGAGCCCCAGAAAGGCUGAGUUACCUGGUCCUCUUGUCUUAACAUGCCAUUGAACCCCUUUACCUCCCACCUGCAGCAACCGGAUUCUUGUGUUUUUGAAGUGUGGCGUGCUUCCAUGUUAUUACUAAAUGUAGAGCAACAGGUAUCUCUGACCGCGCCGUGCGGCAGCUGACCGACAGGUGCUUGCUCUCUGACCGCGCCGUGCGGCAGCUGACCGACAGGUGCUUGCUCUCUGACCGCGCCGUGCGGCAGCUGACCGACAGGUGCUUGCUCUCUGACCGCGCCGUGCGGCAGCUGACCGACAGGUGCUUGCUCUCUGACCGCGCCGUGCGGCAGCUGACCGACAGGUGCUUGCUCUCUGACCGCGCCGUGCGGCAGCUGACCGACAGGUGCUUGCUCUCUGACCGCGCCGUGCGGCAGCUGACCGACAGGUGCUUGCUCUCUGACCGUGCCGUGCGGCAGCUGACCGACAGGUGCUUGCUCUCUGACCGCGCCGUGCGGCAGCUGACCGACAGGUGCUUGCUCUCUGACCGCGCCGUGCGGCAGCUGACCGACAGGUGCUUGCUCUCUGACCGCGCCGUGCGGCAGCUGACCGACAGGUGCUUGCUCUCUGACCGCGCCGUGCGGCAGCUGACCGACAGGUGCUUGCUCUCUGACCGCGCCGUGCGGCAGCUGACCGACAGGUGCUUGCUCUCUGACCGCGCCGUGCGGCAGCUGACCGACAGGUGCUUGCUCUCUGACCGCGCCGUGCGGCAGCUGACCGACAGGUGCUUGCUCUCUGACCGCGCCGUGCGGCAGCUGACCGACAGGUGCUUGCUCUACAUGUAAACAACGGCCAAACAUAAACAACGGUCUGGCUGCUUUUCUUCUCCUUGUCCAAACAAACAGUUUGGAGUGAACACUGCUCCUUUUGGUUUCUGCUUGGGCUAAUAAGCUUGUUUAUCUAUUCGGGUGUUGCUUCGAUGUGGUUUAACUGUCAUGGAAUGUAAGUUUGUCAGUUAAUAUAGAAUUCUAACUUUUUUGUUGAUUUGAAUGAGUUCCAAACUUGGUGAAACACAAAAGAAUAGACUUGUUUACAGGAAAUAACAUACUGUACCUACAACAACAUGAACUACAGUAUCAUAAGGGUAAAGCACUUGAACUUCAUUUUUCUUUUUACAUCCAUUAUAUUACUAUGCCUGUAUCGCUCAGGUCUGAAACUCAAGGAUAGUUCCCAAAUUCUGAAAGAAAGAAAAAACUAUAACACAAAGAAACCAAAUAAAUUAGUAAAGUUUAGAAAGGGCAUGUUUGGGGGCCGGAGGGGACCAUGGUCUUUCCAACAUUAUUGUGACCCUGAUAGCAUGGUCUCUGCUCUUGUUUUUCAGUACUGAAUGUGUGGAAAAGAAAGAAAGCCCCGACGUGUUCUUCUGCUGCUGUGAAGGAAACAUGUGUAAUGAGAAGUUUGUCUACGCUCCCGACAACACACAAGCUGUUCAGAGUAAGUUCUGUGUUUGUCUGUGUGCGUACACAUGUGCAUGUGUCUGCGCGUGUGCAUAUUUUUUCUUAGUGCUGGUUACAUUCUUCUCGUAAUUGUUGUAAAAAAUUAAUAAAAAACUAAACUGUUGUUUUUUUAUUACCUCUUCAUUAAAAUAUGAUGAAAAGAAAGAACUAAUCAGUGUUCAGAAAUGCCUUAAUGUUGUGGUUGGGAAACUUCUUUUCCAGUUGCCCAAUUGUUGCUCAACAAUGAACAGAAAUGCCCUUUUCAGAAUAGUCCUGUUAAUUCAUGGGGAAAAUCAGUUGGAGUCAGAUAAAGGUUAUACAAUAGGAUGUAUUGAAGCGUUGGGUUGGUGUGGGGGAAGGGCGUUUCUCCCUCCGCUUGUGCAACCGAACGUGUACAUGUAUUUGCAGCAGUGACUCACUAGAUGUGGAAUGCCCUGGAUAUUUGGAACAAAAAGCUAGGUCGGAGCCUGACUAUCGUAUCGAGCGACAGGGGCAGCACACACACACACACACACACACACACACACACACACACACACAGUCACACACACACACACACACAGUCACAGCUAAACACAGAGUUUGUUAAACAAAUAGCCACUGGAUUGAUGAAAAUACACAUGAUAUCAUUCUGCCAGGUAGACAUAGGCUACUUUGUAGUUAACAUUUAAUUGAGAAGGUUUUUGGGAAAGCCUUUCCAUCUCUACCAGAAGAAGGUUAUCAUUAGCAUCAUCGCUAACGGCUACACAGUGUAGAUAUACGCGUGCACCGCAGACAUACACACAGACCUGUGUCGCUUCAGAAAGUUGCAGGAAAAUACAAAUCACUGAUGCAUUUUGUUCAGGUCUUCAAUACAUUUAGUUCAAGAAAAAAAAAUUGUAUUGUUGAUUUCUGUGAUUCCGGCCGUGUUCUCCGCAACGUAGAUUUGAUAGGGCCCUAGGCUGGAUAAAGAGCGGGAGAGAGCGUAACCUGCUGACCGGAGCGGUUCCAUGCCUGAGUGGCAUGUGCCGUGUGGUGAUCCUAAUGCCAGUGGGGAGGUGGGGAGGAGGGGAGGAUGCAUGCAGCAGGCAAAGGGAGCAGGGGGGAGAGGAUGGGGGUUUGGGACUGCUGUGUUUUACAUUUCAAAUCUAAUCCGGGUUCUUGUCCCGCUUGCAGCUAAAAUGGAGCACUGGGCAGGGAGCUGGGAGAGGGGGAGGGGAGCGAUGGGGAGAGGGUAGGAGGAGGGGCACAGCAUGGGGGAUUGUGGCAGGCAGGCAGCAUCACGAACAGUGUCCCACUUUUGCUAUCUAAUGCCAGUUCAGCUGAGGUCACCGACAUAGAGAAGCAAUGGCACUCUCUCUCACACACACACACACACACAUACACAUACACACACACACACACACACACACAAACACACACACACACACACACACACACUGGAUGUCAUGCUGGCAGGCAAGGGAAGGGAAAUCCACCGCAGCGGUGACACGAGUGCGUGUUGCGAUUAUGCGCCGGGGCUGCUGCUUUGGCGACGAGGCACGAUCAAGUCUUAUCUCUCUCUCAUGAAGCCCUGUACAGGGACUGUGCCAGGAUGGGAGCCUGCAAACCAAACAUGCUUUAGAUAGAUAGCUAGAAAUGCAUUUGAUAAAAAUGUCAGCCAGCUAGAGUUGAGCCCAUAUCAGCUCUAUAUUAUGAACACAGAGACUGCAACACGUAACUCAUUAUUUUUCACAUUCUUGGCAAAGUUAUUGUGGUGUCAUUCUUACAAAACCCUCUUUCAGCACUCCUUUAUUUUGAGUACAUCCUAUAAUAGACCUUUUGUCCAGGCAUAAUCUAGAUUGAUCUAAUUUUCUCUCUAUCUUUCCCUCUCUUCUCUCUCUCCCCUUCUCUCCAUAGCACCGUCGAACCCGGUUACCCAGAAGCCUCCUGUCUUCACCACCCUGAUGUACUCGCUGGUGCCCAUCAUAGGCAUCACUGCCAUCAUCCUCUUCUCGUUCUGGAUGUACCGCCAUCACAAGCUGGCAUACCCGCCAGUCCUGGUGCCCACACAG